CAAGGAACUACCCCAGUAGAAGGAAGAAAAAGGGAAAUGUUAAUUUGGAAAAUACAGCUGGAAGAGAUAAAAUGUCAUGAAGGAAAUGGAUUCUGAAUCCUUGGAUGCUUGUAUUCAAAGUACUCUUUCAGCACUCUAUCCACCUUUUGAGGCAACAGCAUCCACAGUCCUCUGUCAGGUUUUUGAUGUAGUGGAGAAAACGUAUCGUGGUGACGGAUUGUGCUACUUCAUUGAUUUCCUUGUGCCUGCUAGGCACAUUCUGCAAUGCAUUCAACAAGAUGCUUGUUUUCAAUAUUGUGGAUUUCUAUUUCGUUAUGAAGGUUGGCCUUUAUGCAUCUGUGAAAAAAUUGUGAUACAACUCUCUGCACUUGAUUGGCGAACUUUGCAACCUGGUGAUUUCUACCUUCAAGUGGUUCCACACCUGAAGAGAACACCACGUAUUGUAUUAAAAUGCCUUGCAACAGAUGGGUACAACAUAGAGGAAGUAAUUAUUCCAGAGGUCACUUAUACUUCUAUCUUCACUAUGGAAUGGUUGGACAAUAUUAACAAGGAACGGAUGGGAACAGCUUUGCAAAAUUGCCUUUUGUCUGCUGACACCAGUAUCUUGAGAGUACCUUGGGAAGAGGUAGUGAAUCCAGAAUUUGUUGAUAAACCAAAAAUGAUGGAAAGUAUGUCAUCAAGAAAAUGCAUUAUGGAUCAGGAAGUUGUUUGUAACAAUCCCAACAAUGUACUAUUGAAUGAUUCUAGUGCAGAAUCAGGAAGCCAUUCUGAAACACCUCAAAAUCGAAGCUCAAAAGAAAAAGAAUUGAAAACACAUCACAUGCAUCCUAGAAUGGUGUUGCAUAAUUCCCUAAGUAGUAUUGCAGAUUGUUUAGAUGUUUCUGUUAGUUCUGCAGCAAUUUCUCCUCAUGAAUUUGAGGGGGAGUAUGUGGAACUUAGUCACAUUUCAUUAAGUGAAAGUGAUUUAUUUUCACAAACAAGUGGUUCAGACUUAAGAUUACAACAUAUAUUGAAAGCUGACAGGUCAUUAGGAGAAAUCCCUGUGGAUGCCUUGAGUAGUGGUACUUGUUCUAAAGAAUCAAACUGUCCAGAUUCCAUGGUGGCAUCUUUAAACUCUCAGUCUAAUCUAGGCACAGCGAUGAACCCGUUUGACUUGCAUGUUAGAAACAAUGAGGAAAUUCUUGAAUAUAAAUCACUUGCAGAUACUAUGGCAAACAAAAUGCCAUUUCAUAAGACUUGCACUAGUUGUGAAAAUAAAGAGCCUUGUGUGUUUACAAAAGUAGAGCUGUCUUCACCAGUGGAAACUGACCUUCAGCCAGAAGGAAUUCAACAGGAGUUCAAGCCUUGCUGUGGAGACAUGCAUAUGUUAAUUAAACAGACCACAAAUACCACAAAAAACAAUUUAAGCAGUGGUGGUUUGCAACCAGUGGUUUGCAACCACACACAGACUUCCACUCAAGAUUCACAACAUCAAAAAUGUCAAAGUUCUUCAGGUGAUUCAUUGCCCGUGCCACACACUAAACACAAAAUUGAUGUGAAAGAACACAAAGAAAUUGCAGAAAAGAAAUUGCAGAAAACUAACCAGAGUCUGCUUGAGGCAGAUGCAAUGGAAAAGAUGCAUGGUAAACACACACAAGUUCCAGAGCAAAACAGCACAUCAAUGGUCUUGAUAAUUUCUGAUAAAGAGUUUUUCAGUCAAGCGACUAACUGUAAUUUAGCCAACACUGUUGAAUUUGUAAAUAUUCCUGUUGAGGCAUCUCCUAAAAGCUUAGAACAAGAAAAGACAACAAACCAGCUGUCAAAAUGUAUUGAGAAUGCACAAUUUAAUGGUCAGAAUCUUAAUCAAACUGUACAGUUUCUUAAAAAUGUAACUCAACCAGUAGCAGAUGUGCAAUUGGAUGGGUAUAAAAUCUCUUCAGUGCACUCUUUAGAUUCUGAAGACACUACUGAUUCUAAUUUAUAUGAGACUCUUGCACUUGCUGACAAUUCAGAUCCUCCAUUGAAGGACAGCAGAAGGCAAUUAGUACUUAAGUCUUCUCAAAAGAUUGAAGGACAUGUAGAUUGUGUCAUUCUCCAACUGGCUGUCUCAGGUACUACAGAAUUAAUAAAUGAAGAAAUGCAACCUGCAACAAGUGCUGAUCAUUUACAAUCUUAUUUAACAACACAGUCUGAGUAUUGCAGAAAGCAUGGUUUUGAAUAUAUAACACGUUUGGAGAAAGAUCAUGUAUGUUGGACAGACAAAAAUAUGCAAUUGAAUGAGUGUUUUGUUAGUAAAGAAAGUACUAGUCAGCACUAUCAAGUCAACGCAUUACAUCAGACGUCUGCACAUGUGGAUAAUACAAUUGCAGAUCAAAUGCAGAGUGAAUUCAAUAAGCAAAAACAAACUGAAACUAAUGAUCUGAACAUCACAGAAAGUUGCAAUCUAAUACCUAAAGAAGUAAAUCCACUACAAGGCAGUGGAAAUCCAUUCUUACAAGACAUGUCCAAUGAGAAUGUAGAGCUAGGGAAUGGCGAAUUUAAUAUUAAAAAGGAAGACAAGCACCCGGAUUAUUCUACUGUUGAAGAGUACUGGUCAAAUAUAGUAAUGACAGAAUCUAAUACUGCCUACUCAACUACAGUUGAGAGUGAAAAACUUGAAACUCCUUGUGCACUUAUAGAUGGAAAUGAAAACAUGUCCUUUGCCAAUAAUACAUCUGGGCAAGAUUCAAAGGAAUACAAAAAUCAAUCAGAAACACAAGAUAGAGAAGAUUUAAUUGACGUAAUUGCUGAAAAGCAAGAAGGAUGCCUUGCUGACAAAAAUCGUCUAGAAGGAUUUGAUUCAAAAACAAAUGAUAACGUGAACACAGACAAAAGAAGUUUUGAUGAAGAAGCUUUCAACCUAUCAGAUGAACUUUCAACAACCUCAGAGAUUGCGCAGUGCAUUGAGAGCAGGCAAGAAUUGGCGUCAGUCAAACAUUGUGAGACCUCAUCUUCCUUACCGCUCAAACCCAAUCUACCAACACUGUCCCAAGAAAUCAACUUUGAUGUUCUCAAUUCAGGGGUAGCAUGUUUGACUGGAGCCAGAGAUAAGUCUGGUCGUGCAGUUGUCAUAAUAACAACAAGAAACACAAUCUGGCUAAACCCAAAUUGCAACGUCCCUGAACUUGUGCGGCUCCUUAUCUACUUUUAUAGUAUUCCCAGACAAGAUAUCCAGAGUGCCGGACUAACUAUUUUGGUGGAUGCCCGGCGUUGCUCUCCUGUACCAGCAUUGUUUAAGGCUUUCAAUACUCUUCAGGCAAAAAUUCCAAAUGCUAUCCAUGCUGUUUUGCUGCUUGCUGAAAGAGAACUUACAUUCAGAUUUGAGAAACCAUCUUCAAUGCAGUUUGAACUUCUAACCUCAUUGAAGUCACUACAUAAACAUGUGGAAAGCCAUCAGCUGCCACCAGAAUUUGAUGGAACUCUCCCCUACAGUCAUAGUAACUGGAUGUGCUUUCGUAUGAAACAAGAACAGCUUAUACAGGGAUGUAAAGCAGCAAAGAGUUUCCUCCAGGACAAUAUAGAGAGCCUGAAAUCAAGUAAACUACCAGAAACCCCUGAGGAAGCAAGUACUCUUUUGCAGCAGUAUAGGCACUUAAUGAAGAAUGUUCUGGAAGAUACAAGAUUAGUGAGACUGCAGCUUGAAGGAGGAGCAAUCCUGGCCAGACUGAGAAGAGAGGAAUCUCAUGUCACAGGAACUGUAGUCUACAGAGAAACAAUGGAAACUGUCACAGAAUUAUAUAACAAAGUGGAUGAGGGAAUCCAUGAGCUGGUUAUGUUAUCUAAUAAAUGUAUUCAGGAACUAGAGUUUUUGAAAGAAUUCAAAACACAUGAAAGAGAGUUUAAGGAGGUGAGUAGUUGGAUAGAGCAAGUUGGAGAAAAGCAACUGGAGAGAUGUAACGAAUUGGAGGAUUCACUGGAUUCAUUGCAAAGGACACAGGGAGAGUUCAAGAGCUUUUGCAAUGUUGCUUAUGAGUAUUGCAGAAAAGGCAGAGAACUUUUGAAGAAGCUGGAACAGUGGCAAGACUUCAAGUCACCAGCAUUGCAUGUUUUUGAAGAAAAGUUACAGACAUACAGAAAACAGUAUGAUGAAUUUGUGAAGAACCUGGAUGAAUGCAGACUAAAGAUUGACAGUACUUUAAAAUUGCACAAAUUCUUUGACAAGGCUUAUGAGUGGGCCCUAGAAGGUAUGCGACACCUUGCGUGCAUCAGCAUGGAUGACUGCAGUUCCCCAGAAUGCUGUGGGUCAGUUGUGAAAUACCUGGACAAUCAUCAUCGUCAGCAUCCUGAAAUUCCAGAUGUUGAGUUUCAAGAAAUGAAAGAUUUGGCAUGUGAAUUAAAAAGUGAGAAAGGAAUUAAACAGUGGAAAUUUGCUUGGUCCAAAUGUCAAGAGACAAAGCUUAUCUUUGAAAAGAAGCUGGAGACUGCAUUGCGAACAAGGACGUCAUUGCCAUCAGACCAUAGACUUUCUGAUAUUAACAUUAUAAAGAAUGAAAUUAUUAACUUAGGACAAAGGAGACAUUCAGGUGGAAUGGAGCAAAGAUUACAGUGUGAAAGGGGUAUUGCAGGAUCCAGCAGUGGUAGUUGUUUACUCAACAGGUCAGCGCAUGGUGGAAUGUGGCAGAGAGAAAAAAACUCAUCACAAUCUUCAGGCAUUUGUUACAGAAAUAUAAAACAUAAGGAUGUUUUUAUACCAGAAUCUGUUCUUGGCAAAAACUCUAGCCCAGGUUUCCAAGGCUUUGAUCAAACAGGAGUAGGGAGAACUUGCACUCCAGCUCGUACAUCAACACCAGAUGCUUGUAGACAGUUGCAUAAUAUCUCUAAUGAAGCCUACUAUUGCAGUAAUGUUGACUCUUCUUGCAUAGAGUCUAGAUGUCUCUCAACACCAGAUCCCCAGAAUCAACAUCUGAAAAAACUAUUACGGAAAGCGCAGAGUUUUGACUGUUCACCCAGUGAUACCCACAGGUAUCAUUCAUGUCAAAGAGCUUACAGUGAACCUGCAAGGCGUGGAAACACAGGGGUAUUCAUUAAAGGACUAGAAGUGAGCAGCACUGAACUUAAUGAUAGACCUUAUACCCCCAAACAGCAAGCUUUAUUUGGUUGGACUGGAAAUCAGACAGAAAGUCACAGAAGCCAUUAUGCCUUACGAGAUACAAAGUCUAAGGGCAGUAAACUGAGACACAUUAUUGAUGAAAUGGUGACAACAGAACGCGAAUAUGUGAAAUCUCUCCGGUACAUCAUUGAUAAUUACUACCCAGAAAUGGAACGUUUUGACGUUCCUCAAGAUCUUCGAGGAAAACGCAAUGUUAUUUUUGGAAACUUGGAGAAGCUUUACAGCUUCCACAGCCAAUAUUUCCUGAAGGAACUGGAAAGUUGUGUUAACCACCCAUUACGUGCCAGCCACUGCUUCCUCAGACACCAUGACCAGUUUGGCAUGUAUGCACUGUACAGCAAGAACAAGCCCAAAUCUGAUGCUCUGCUAGCCAGCCAUGGAAACAUAUUUUUCAAGCACAAGCAACUACAGCUGGGUGAUAAAAUGAAUCUUGCUUCUUACCUGUUGAAACCAAUUCAACGGAUGAGCAAAUAUGCCCUGUUAUUGAAAGACUUGAUCAAAGAAUGCAGUGAAAUUCAGGAGCAAGAGCUUAACUACCUCAGAGCAGCAGAAGAGAUGGUUAAAUUUCAGCUUCAACAUGGUAAUGACUUGCUGGCUAUGGAUGCUAUUAGGAAUUGUGAUGUGAACUUGAAGGAGCAAGGUCAAUUGGUUCGUCAAGAUGAGUUCAUUAUCUGGUUUGGGCGCAAGAAAUACCAGCGACAUGUUUUUCUGUUUGAAGACCUCAUUCUUUUCAGCAAACCCAAGCGGAUUGAUGGUGGAUUUGAUGUCUAUAUCUACAAACAUUCCUUUAAAACAGCUGAUAUAGGCUUAACAGAAACUAGUGGUGAAAGCGGUGUACGUUUUGAAAUCUGGUUUCGUCGACGGAAAUCCAAUGAUACGUAUGUUCUUCAGGCGAGUUCAGAAGAAGUAAAACAGGCCUGGACAAAAGAUAUUUCAAGCAUCUUAUGGCAGCAAGCGACCAGAAAUAAAGAAGUACGAAUGCAGGAAAUGGUGUCUAUGGGAAUUGGUAACAAACCAUUCUUGGAUAUCAAACCAAGUGAGGCUGCAAUCAAUGAUCGAGCCAUCGAUUAUUUUAUGAAGGGCAGAGGAGCACGAACCAGAGCUUCAAUUGCAGUCUCCUUAUUCGACCACACAAAUCCAUUUAGAAGGACAAAGAAUGUUUCAAGUAACGGCAGUCCCUCAGCAGGUUGUCCAUCCUCGUCCUCACUUUUGGGGCCACUGAAUCUCCAUAUGUACACUAACCAGGCAUUGCUCUCAGGGGUGAACACUGCAUUGACCAACGAACGACCAUUUGAUGUCAACACUUGCAUUGAGGAGGAUGAACUGGAACAUGAAACAAGCAGCCAACCCUCCAUGACAACUGAAAGCUCAGAAUCUUCUUUUCACUGUAUGUCUGGCAGUGGCUCUAGUGGAUCUGAUAGUGGCUGUGUCUCCAGUCUACUUCCUGAAAACCUGUCUGAAGAUACUGGAUCUCCUUCUGAUAUAUCAGCCUCAUAUUCUUUCCCAGGAUCCAAACACAGUUCUAGUACCAUCACUCCACUGGAAGACAAACCUCGUUUCUCUAACAGCCAGUAUAUUUCAGCGAAAUCAGAUCAAAUUACCAUAAACCCAUCUACAAUGGUGUAAGCAUAGCUGUGCUUUCUGUCCUGCCUUGUCUAAGUUUGACACAUCUUUGGUAUUCUGCAUGUUAUGUGAAGACACGUGUAACCCUUAAAGAGCCAUUGAAGAGUAGAACCAUCAGCUUUCCACAUACUUUGCACAUAACACCAAAACAGAAUGUGAUGUGGUACUUACUAGAAAUUUUUUGUGCCGUGAUCGUAUUUGGAAGUCUAUGUGGCUGAGCAGCUUUGACCAUUGGACAUUGAAAUCUAUUUUUCCUUGCAGUUCAUAUAUUUAGCCAAUUAUAUGACAUUGCUAUUAGCUAAUGAGUUAAUAACAUUUGCCCAAACUGUAAAUAUUAGUUACCAUUUCCUUGCAGAUCUUGUGUUUUUUUGAUCAAACUUUUGAACAAUUUACAUAGGCAUUGAUUGUUAGCUAUUUCUAGUGCGUUGGGGUACUUGAUUAAAAUUGUUGAAAAAGGGUUCCUUUCACAAAAUAAAACAUUAAUUGCCACAUUGGCUAAGGGUAGCCUAUUGACAAGAUGAUUUGGUGAGACUAACGAGAUACUGAAGACAGAGGAGUUUUGCAGUUCCUGUUUGACAGUUAAAUGUAGUGCAUUUAUUUCACUAAAUAUUUGUUUCUGUAAAUAAUAUAUUUGGCACAAGUGGUGCUGGGUUUAUUUUGGGUAAGAAAAAUAAAUUUAAUUUUUUUCUGAUACUACUUAAUUAAAUAGGGAAAUCACUUAAGUGCCGUUGAUAAUUUCAUGCAGUGAGAGAAAAGUUUGCAUUUGCUGUCAUGUUGUUUAAUUUGCUUCUAUAC